UAAAAUUACUGUAAUAUGGAUCAAGAACCUGAAAGUCCGCAAAAAGUAUUGAAAAAUAUACUUUUGGACAAGAUCAACAAUAAAACAUCUAUAACAUGUUCUAAGGUGCCAGAAUGUUUAUUUGAAGCUAAAGCUGCGGAAAAGCAUUUCAGUAAAUUUGGUCGAGUUCAGAGGAUUCGCUUGUACCCCAAGAGGUCUAUGUGUAUUGUUGAAUAUGAUCAACAGAAUUCAGCAGAGCGCGCUGUGCUUAAUGCUGGGGCUUAUGAUGGUUUCAUGUUUGAUGUUACAAGAAUGAAGCCUAGAGCGAGAAUAAAGAGCAAGAAAGAUGAUGAUCCUGACUGGGUGCCUGAUCCUGAAGUUGAAGAAGAAUUGUCAGCUAUGAGUGGAGCGCCCGUGCAUAGAAUUUCUCGGCAAAAACCAAUGGAUUUGGGUUCACCAACAACUUCUUUCAAACCGCCAAUAAGGAAGAAAACAAUUUUAUCAACACCCAAACGAGUUAAAAAAGUAAUUGUACAAACACCUGCUAUUAAUAUCGAGCCUCCUGUUGUGGUGACAACAGUACCAACGACUCUCAAUACUAAAGAAGCAGCUGUGGAACUUCAUAAACUUCGCUCUAGAGUGUCAUUGACAUCUGAUGAGAAGUGGAGGACAUUGGAUGCAAGAGACAGAAUUCUUCGAUCAUGGGGUGGUGCAGGCUCGAGGGUAAAGGUUGGUGGUGCGACCAUAGGUACGUGUCCUGAUAUGUGUCCAGAGAAAGAGUUACUACACAGACAAGCAGAACAUCAAGUGAUGACAUUAGAAACAAUAAUUGAUUCUGAUGGUCUGUUGGAACCAUGGCGUGCUGUGAAACAAUACAGUCGCAGUUCAGCAGAUCAGGAGAUCCCAAUGUGCUAUGAACUCAGGCCUGCGACAGUCCUCAUGAGAACAUGUGCUUAUCUCCUACAUGAGAUAGCUGAUACUACAAGACAGGUGACUUUAGCCGACUGGUUUCAUUUCAUGUGGGAUCGAUUUCGUGGAAUUCGCAAAGAUAUUACACAGCAAGCACUAUGUUGUGCCGAUUCAAUUCGUAUGGUUGAAAUAUGUGCCCGUUUUCACGCACACUGUGCAGCCCGACUGGCUGACUUAGAACACACUCAAUUUGACCAAAAGUUAAAUACUGAUAAUCUUACAAAAUGCCUGCAAACUCUCAAACAUAUGUAUGCUGAUGUUAGUCCUGACAAAAAACCUAAUGAAGCUGAAUUUAGAGGAUACAUUGCACUACUUAAUCUUGGUGACGCAAAUUUUUGGUGGGAGAUAAAACAGUUACCACGAGAGAUUCAAAAAUCCGAAUCAAUUGUAUUUGCUAUAAAAGUAUAUACAACAUUGGAUAACAAUAACUAUGUCAAAUUCUUCCGCCUUAUUCGAGAGAAAGCUACUUAUCUUCAAGCAUGUAUUCUGUUGAGAUAUUUCAAUGACGUCAGAGCCAGAGCAUUAGCAAGAAUUAUUAAAGCAUAUGCACCGAGAGGCGGGUCUCUAUACCCAGCUGCAGAUUUGAUGAAAAUACUUGCUUUUGAAACAGUUGAAAAUAUGAAGUCAUUCAUAAGUCACUAUGGUUUACGAUUUGCAAAAAAUGAGGAAGAACUUACUGUUAUUCUUAACAGAAACCAGUUUAUCGAAGACAGUGAUCCAUACCCUCUUUCCCGAGCUAUAAGUCUUAUAGAAUCCAAAAGACAAAGUACCGUCGGCGAAGUAAUUUCUGGAGGUCUUUUACCUAAUUAUGAUUUUGCUAAGCAUCAAUUGCAUUCAAGUUUUACUGGUGAUGGCAAACUAAAAGAAUCAGCAUUAUUAGCUGAAGACUUGGGAUAUAAUACUUUAAAUGACAGUAAUAAAGAUGUAAAAUCUUUAAAAAUUGAAUUAGAUAAUAUUUUGCAGGGAGGUAAAUACCAUACAGCUACAGAAAGAGUAAUAGAAACAAAAAAAUCUAACUUGUUUGUUAAACCUGAACCAAGUCCUAGAAAAAAUGCAAAUUUGUUUUCUACAUCAGGAUAUGAUAUACCCCAAAGUAAACAUUUUUCAUUUCAAGCAGCUAUUCCUAUUGCACCAAAAGAAGUUAUAUCAAAUUCGCCAGAAAAAGUAUUGGAAGAAAGUUCGAAAAAUGUAUUUGUGUUUUCUAAACCAGAAAAAACUGAUCCAAAUGUUUUGUCUGCUAACAGUACGGGCAGUUUAUUUCAAUCCUCAAGUGCCGAUUUUGGAACUUUUUCAAAUAGACAAAAUAUAUUUGGUAAAUCAAGUGAAAUUAGUGCAAAUGCUGCAAAUAGUUUAUUCAAGUCUAAUGAUGGUUUAAAAAAAAUUGUCGGGAAAUCUCUAUUUAGUCAAAAUGAUAUGAAAGAUGAGACAAAUAUAGAUAGCAGUAGAAAUAUUUUUAAGAGUGCAAAUACUAAUAUAUUUACUAAAGCAGAAGGCGGUGCCAGUAAUAAUGUUUUUGCUAAAAUUGAUAGUAAUAACAUAUUUAAGAAGCCUAUGGAUAAUUCUGGUCUUUUUUCUUCAUCAUUAAAUCCUUCAACAUCCAAAGCUACAUUGGAUGUGAAAGACAAAUCAGCGUCAACGAUUUCACCCGGAAGUUUGUUUAAAAGUGCAAAUCAACCAUUAUCUGAGUCUUGGUUUCAAAGUAAAAUUAAAGUACCAUCUGUAGCUGAAGGUAUAUUUAAGUCUGUACCUCAGAAUAAUAAUGUUCACGAAUAUGAUGAUAACGAUGGUAUAUCGACGGCUGAAAUGGCGCGUCUUAUCGAACAAAAAAAUGCAGAAGAAAAGAAGAGACAACUAGAAGCAAUUAGAAUGGAAGAAGAAAAGCUUGAGUUGCAAAGAAAAGAAGAAGCAAAACGGAAAGAGGAAGCUCAGCGAAAAAUGGAAGAACAGAAAAAGAUUGAAGAAAAACGUAAACAAGACGAGGAAAAAAAACAAGAAGAAUUAAAAAGAAAAUUGGAGGAAGAAAAGAAAAUUCAAUUAAAACUUAAAGCCGAAGAGAAAGAGAGGUUAUUUAAAGAGAGAGUUGAUAAUGAAUCUGUUGAAAUUGUUGAAGAACUAAUUGAUGAAAUAAGAGAUGAAGAGGUAAAAAUUAUUUUGAAAGAAGAGUAUGAACGUCUGAAACAGUUAGUUGCUUUGGCUAAUGAAACUACUGAAAAUAUAUGUUCCGAAUUACUUAACGAAAUAUGUAAUUCCGAAUUACAAGCAGAAUUAUUCCGUGUAAGAAAAGUUAUGAAAAAGUGGUUCUUUAUAUGGAGAAAGCAAUUUAUUAGAAACUAUAAAAGACGAAGUCUUUUAGAAGGAACUCCAGUUUGGUUGCCAGAUAAUACACCUGAAGAGGAAGCAAGAAACUUGAGAAGAUGCACUGAAAAAGCAGAAUUAAAAAAUAUGAAUGCCAUUCAUAGGGGUUACAGAUUUACAGGAGAACUGAAACAGAUACCAACACCUAAGCCAUAUAACCUCUUAGAUAUUAUUAGGUCGCCUCUAUUAAAGCGUAUGAAACAAAUAGAGUAUCCAUAUGAUAAAUGUUUCUUCUGGAAAGUAGCUUUAGUUUCGCCAGGUUCUGCUAAAUAUCUUUAUAAAAAAAUAGAUGUGGAAAAAUGGCUUCACGAUGUUUUUUGUGAUCAAAAAGCACAUAGUACAAGCGACAGCCUGAUUUAUGUUGAUAAACAAUCUUGGAUUAAUUUAAUGGAUUUUGCUAUAUCAAUAAGUUUAAUUAAUAAUAAGAAAUUAAAUAUAGCAAAUGAGGCAAUGAAUGGCGCUAAUGGUGUAAUAUUUUAUAACACUGAAAAUGAGAAUGACUAUGUAGAUGUCAUAGAGCAAACAUUGAAACAUAAAUAUCAAUAUCAAAUAAUACCAAUUGCUAUUAUAACAGCAAAACUUAAGGACUCUGAUGCAUUAAAUCGUCUCCAAGAAAAAUUAAUUGUUUUAAAAAAUAGUGAAAUCAUUUUAGACUUUAAAAUUUAUACUAUUGAUUCUGAACAAGUUUUAGAUUCCAUAAAUAUUUGUACUAAAAGUGCACUGAAAUGGCUGGCGAGAAAUUGUCCUAAAUCACCACCUAUUGAAAUAGAUUAUCUUAAAUCGAUUUGUCAAAGAUACUUAGGCAAUGAAAUAUGGUAUCGAUUAAAGUCUGAAAAAGACGAAAAUAUAGAUGUUGUGCUUCAAGACUUACAGAAAUUGGUAAUAUGUUACAAUAGAGCUGUUGAUAAUUUAACUCAAAUAAUAACAAAUGAAGAUAUUUUUAAUUACACAUCUUUCCCUCUAGAGUUUAGUAAAUAUUUAGAUAAUACUUCACCAUACCCUAAGCCUUAUGAAUUCGUAACUAGCAGUGUUAAACAAUCAGAUAACAUAAAUGCUAUCAAGCACAUUAUGCAGAAAUUAAAACUUUCAAAUCCCACAUCAGCCUUUCUACCCAAAAGUAUAACAAAUAUGCAAGAGGAGAUUAGGAAAUACUGUAACCAAAUAAGUUGGUUUCGUGAUCCAGAAGAAGUAGUUUGUAAAGUUGUGGCAGUUUUACCAAAUGAAUUCUCUGACAUAAAUAUGAAGAUUGAUCAAUUCAAUGAGUACUUCAAAAGUUAUGAUCUAAUAGAUUUAUUAAAUGUCAUUGUAUAUGAAAAAAUAAAUAGUUUAAAUAACUUUGAAAAUAAAUUUGCAGUGUACAAAAAAUUGGAGUUACAGGAAUAUUGCAGUUAUAAUUGGUUAUUUGAAGUGAAUGAAUAUGCAAGUUGUAAACAUAAGCCAUUGGAUUAUGAUGAUGAUAUUGAAUAUCUUAUAGAAGCAAAACGCCGAAAAAUAUGUGAUGAUUCAUUGGAGAAUUUAAUGUUAGAAGAUAAAGAUUGUACCAUGGUAGAAGAAAACAUACAAAGAGCAGAUCAGACUAUAACAAUAUACAAGAAUUACAAGGAUGCUGUGUCAGAACUAGAGCAAAAGUUAAAUGAAGAAAAGAAAAAGUCUGAUGAACUUGAAAAUUUAUUGAGACAAGCACUUUCUAAUGUUUAGUGGUAAUAAUUAUGUCUUAGUAAAGGCCAUAAUAAUGUGUUUACUUUUGAAUAAUUAUUUUUGAUGGAAUAGAAAGUGAUUGAAUAAAAAAUUGUUUUUAUUUUUUA